CGAUCAGAUAAAUCUAAUCCAGUUUGUGUAUUAUAUGAAGAAUAAUGCCAGUUAGCUCCAUCUUGUUGCCACCCUCAAAGUCAUCACUAGUGUAUUUGAUUUUUAUUUAUUUUUAAAUGUUACCUCUAGUGCAUUUAUGUAUUUUUUUUUCUAAUAUUUAAAAAAAAUAAAAAUAAAAAACACCCAAAAAUCCAAUUUGAACUAGUGGUAAUUUUGACUUUUGUGGGGGCAAAAUGAUGGAAUUGAGUAGCAGAACUCUUAUAUGAAAUUUAGGAACUUCUAUCAUGUUAGUGGUGAGAGUUGCAGAAGUUUUUGUCCGGAUCAACUGAAUAGGCAAAUCCACAAAAUGAAUGGAUCGGAUUGAAAAAAUGGUCACCUUCCAAAACCAAAAAUCCGAGUUGGUAGGGAAAAACAGUACCCAAAAUUCUGAGAAGUUCUACUGUCCCAACAAAUACAUGGCUAAAAGCGACAUCAAGCACUAAGCAGAGGCUUCUUUUGAUUCUAGAAUUGCUAAAAAGCGAGUCUCGAGACCAUGUGGAAUCAAUCAAACGGGUCUGCCAGAUCAUUCCAAACCAAUGAUACCCAUCAUUCUUAGACUGAAAAAGUAAACAGCACUCACUAUUUCUCACUCUUCCCACUAGAAAGGCCAUGGAUGAUCUGUCACUCCCUGUUUAUUCUAGCAUUCCUCUUUCACACCAGAGAGUGGAUUAUAUUUAUCCCCACAAUCCCAUCUCAGUUUAGGUAUAAUAUCCCAGUAUCUCUCCUUGCCUCAGUUCUUUCUAGUGUUAAAAACUUAAAAGGUGGUGGUUUAUUUUAUUUGAGAAUGAGAACAGAUCUUGAUGCCAACGCAACCAGCUCUAUUGACGACAUCCCAAAGCUCAAGUUCCUUGACUGUUCUCUUAGGGUCUGCGCGAUUCCUCUUAGUGCUGCAACCAUGUGGCUAACUGUGACAAACCAGCAGGAUAACAGCAGCUAUGGGAGACUGGAGUUCGGCAAUCUUAUGGGCCUCAAGUACAUGGUUUUCAUCAGUGCUAUUUGUGCUUGUUACGCUUUUGUUGCUGCUAUUUCCCUAUGGUGCAAAUGCUUUGUAGCAAAACCCUGGCUCUUCUUUGUCUCCGACCAGAUUGUAGCUUACUUAAUGGUCACAUCCGGGGCUGCAGUGUUGGAGAUACUCUACUUAGCUUACAAUGGUGACAGGGAAGUCACAUGGAGCGAAGCCUGUAGUUCCUAUGGAAGGUUUUGCAGUAAAAUGAAGAUAGCCUUACUUCUCCAUGUUUUGGCUCUUUGCUGCUUCAUUGUUCUAGCUCUCAUCUCUGCUUUUAGGACUUUCAGCAUGUUUGAACCUCCUUCCCUCCCUUCUCCAGAGGUGGAACAAGAAAGAUCAGCUUAA